CGCCUCCGAAACAUCCCGAAAACCCGCCCCAUUGACUAAUUUUCUGUUUUCAUAUUUAUUUUAUAUUUUAUUUUUUUCUGUCUUGUCUUCUCAUAAUCAUUUUGCAGCAGCUAUUCAGUAUCCACUUAACGCCUGUGACAAUUAGUUACAAUUUAUCUGUGUACCCUGUUGGAUCUAAUCCAUUAAAAUCAAUAAAAUAUUUUCUAUUUAAUUUUUAAAAUAAAUAAUUAAGCAAAGUGUUAAUUUAAAAAUGUCAAGAAAACGUAAAAUAUCAUCAUUGGUAUCACAUGAUGAUGAUGAUGAUGAUGAGGAUUAUUGUGAAGAAAAAUAUAGCAAAGAUCAAUCUGAAGGACGAGCACCAAGAAAUGCAGCAAAUGCAAGAGAAAGAGCAAGAAUGAGAGUACUUAGCAAAGCAUUUUGUCGUCUUAAAAAAACUAUUCCCUGGGUACCAGCUGAUACCAAACUAAGUAAACUUGAUACACUUCGUUUGGCUUUAUCAUAUAUUACACAACUUCGUUCACAACUUAAUGAUGAUGGUGAUCAACAUCCAGAUUCAACAAAACAAUUAUCACUUUCAUUUUCAUGGCCAUUUUCAAUACAAGCAACAAAUCAAUCAGUUUUCAUGAACAAUAGUUGUGCUGUGUCUUCAACAUCAUCAACAAGUUCAACAGAUAUUAAUCAGUACAAUCAAUCACACAAUCAAGUACAUCAUGAGCUUCAAAAUUAUCAUCAGGCUAAUCACAGCAUGUCUAAUCAUCACGAGAUUCAGCAUCAACAUCAUCAACAUCACGAACGAAUGUAUUAUUAAUUUAAUUGAAUCUUCUCCUUUUUUUAAAAACAAUAAUUAUUUUAUAUUUAUCCUGCAGUUAUUAGUGUUUGUCUAGUUGUCUAUUUUUUUUUUUUUUAUUUUAAUUUUACGGUGAUUGACAUCCGGAAGAGGAAAAAAAUGAAACGGAAACGCGGAAGGAUCCAAAAAGGCCAAGUUAAAUAAACACACUAAGGGCCUUUUGUUUUGUCGUCUUAAAAUGAUGUCUUGUAUUUUUAAAAACAAUAUAUCCAAAUACAUAUACCGACAUCAUGAAAAAAAAAAAAAUUAAAUUUAUUUUGAAUAUUUUUUUUAUCUAUCUCAAAACAAACCUAGAUGUUUUACUUUUUUUUUUCAAAAUGUUUAUUUUUUAAUAUCUCUUUCUUGUACUUAAGAGGAGAAAAAAAAAAAAUCUUCUUUAUUAUUUUAUCAUAACUUAAAUAGUCAUUUGAAUUAUACUCGGUGAAUUUAUUUAGAUUAAUUUUUUUUUUUCGUUUAAACGUUAGGGUCUUGAUUUUGAGUAUUUUUUUUUUUUGUUGAAAUAAAUUUUAAGUGGAUUGUAUUUUACAAUUAAAAAAUUAACCAAAGAUAUUUUAUAUUAAUUAUAAAUUUAUAAAUUAUUUAGAGUAAUAAUAAAUACAAUUUAAAAAAUAUUAUAUUGAUUUUCAAAUAAAUUAUUUAUAUUUAAAUUUAUUGGUAUCAAAGAAAGUUAUAUAUUUUAUCUAUUCGUAGAAAUUUUAAUCUUGGGGAUUUACAUGAAUGAUCCUGUAACCCGAGGAUGCUACAAAUCUUUUCUCUUUUUCAAUACAAAUAUUU